UAUUUAUCUGAACAUUUAAUAACAAAUUGCCCUAAUGCAAAGUGUUGGGGAGAAAAUUGGCCAUUUCCCCAGCGUCCCCAGUAUAAAUGAUUAUUUCUAUAGAUUGAAAAUCAGCUUUGGAGAAACCAAAAUACAUUUUUGUUUUUAGGGAUGACAAAAUAUCAACAAAAUUAAUAAUUUUGCUGUUAAAUUUUCACUGCUUUGUUUUACCUUGGGAAGGUGUAUCUUAAAAAAGAUAGAGCUUUUGGGGAUUUCACAAAGCUGUGUGGCUUCCUCUGUCCACCCAGUUAAUGUGUGCAUGUGUUGCUUAGGGACAAACAGGUAUAUAUUUAAAUAAAUCUACUGCUUUGUGCACAUGUGUAGGAAACUCUUUUAAAACAAAUAAUUCCAUAAUAAAUCAUUUUCACAAAAUAUAAUAAAUGUAGCUGAAGACAUGAAGGCUCUAUAUGCUAUAGGGCAGUAGUAAUUUAAUACUAAAUAUGUCCAUGUUAUGCCAGCCUUCUCUAUAGCCUGAUCGACUUCUACACUGCUUUUUUUAAAGUGUUCCUUGGGUGUCAUUGGGAGGUUAAUUGGCGAAUAAAUGAAGCAGCUGUGCGGGCCGGUGCCCUCUGUUUACCCCCGACAGACUGGGAGGAUGCGCAGUGCCGGGCCGGGCCAGCAGCAGCAGCAUCGACGCAUCAUCACACGUAGCCUACUUCACGCACACUGAUGAACGGAGGCAGAGCCCCUGCCGAGGAGGAUGCUCACACCGGCUCAGAAGGGCUUUCUUUCGGGUUUUAUUUACCAGGCAGCAGCAGUUUGCUCGCCGGUGCUGGUGUAAAAUGCACUGGGGGGGACCGGGAGUGCUGGUCGGCCUAGCUGAUCUCAGCUGCUCGGCAAAUUUUUCCUCAAAUUUGAUUCUAGUACUUCUUGAUUAAAUCGUUAUUAUUUCCAGGUCAGAAUCUCAGUUUCCUGUGCGGCUUGUUUGUACUGAAAAUGGCCGGAGAUGGCGGCGCUCUGAAGGAUAUCAAUGAGAUUAAAUCCCAGUUCCGGACCAGAGAGGGCUUCUACAAGCUGCUCACCCUCUCGGACUCGCAGCAGCGGGGCGGGCUGCCGCGGGGUCCCUCCGCCGGAGCCACGCUGGGCCCCGGGGCUGGACCCGGUCCGAUACCCGGCGGAGGGGUCGGGCUGCUGCAGGGGCCCGGGGCUGCCGCCGCCGCCUCCUCCUCCAAUGCAGCAGCCAAUUCCUCUCCAGCAGGCUUCCUGCCUCCUGUCCGGGUCUCCAUGGUGAAGCUGCAGCCCGAAGACCCGGGAGAGGAGUCGGAGCGGGUGUGCUUCAACAUCGGCAGGGAGCUGUAUUUCUACACGUACACCAACAUCAAGAAGGCUGUAGACCUCAGUAAGCCAAUAGACAAGAGGAUCUACAAGGGAACUCAGCCAACAUGUCACGACUUUAACCAGUAUUCUGCCACAGCGGAGAGUGUAGCCCUCAUCGUGGGUUUCUCAGCCGGACAAGUCCAGUAUCUCGAUCCCAUCAAGAAGGAAACCAGUAAACUCUUCAAUGAGGAGAGAUUGAUCGACAAAUCCAAGGUGACGUGUCUAAAAUGGCUUCCCAAGUCGGAGAACCUGUUCCUGGCCUCCCAUGCCAGUGGUCACCUCUACCUCUACAACGUGGACCACCCAUGUGGCACCACAGCCCCACAGUACUCUCUUCUGCGGCAGGGGGAAGGCUUCGCCGUCUACGCCUGCAAAACCAAGACGCCUCGCAACCCGUUGUUACGAUGGGCUGUGGGUGACGGAGGCCUCAACGAAUUCGCUUUCUCCCCAGAUGGCGUGCAUGUCGCGUGCGUGGGCCAGGACGGCUGCCUGCGUGUCUUUCACUUUGACUCAAUGGAGCUGCAGGGGGUGAUGAAGAGCUACUUCGGUGGGCUGCUGUGCGUGUCAUGGAGCCCCGAUGGGAAAUACCUUGCCACCGGCGGAGAGGAUGACCUCGUUACCGUUUGGUCAUUCGCAGAAAGCCGUGUGGUUGCAAGAGGUCACGGCCACAAGUCCUGGGUCAAUGUGGUGGCUUUUGAUCCCUUCACAACUUCCUUGGAAGAUGAGGAGCCAAUGGAGCUCAGUGGCAGCGAGGAGGACCUCCACCAAGGACCACUGAACAACUCCAUGCACUUUGGCCGUGUCCGAACAAGUAGCACGUUAUCGCGUCUGUCUCGGCACAGCUCUAAAGGAGGCGGUUCGGCAUCCGUCACAUACCGGUUUGGCUCGGUGGGGCAGGACACCCAGUUCUGUCUGUGGGACUUGACGGAUGAUGUGUUGUACCCACGCCUGCCACUGUCCCGCGCCUUUACUAACACUUUUGGGCCUUCGCUGUCCAACUCUGGCAGCGGGGUGGUCAACAGCACCUCAGGUGGGGGAGGAGGUGGAACGGUUGAGGGGCACCAUCAUCCGCCCAACACUAACACUGGCACCACAAACCCACCAACGCUCCCCUUACCGCUUCCUCGCUCCCUUUCCCGCUCCAACUCUUUGCCCCACCCCGCGGUGGCAAAUGUCGCCAAGGGCCCGGGCGCCUCGGAGGGCGGCGGGGGAACCGGAGGAGGUGGAGGGAGCAGCGGAGGAGGAAACAGCACCCCAUUUAGCAUCGGCCGUUUUGCCACACUUUCACUGCAGGAGCGCAAGUCAGACAAGUCUGGUUGCAGCAGUGGGGUGGAGAAGGAGCACAAGAGGUACCACAGCUUGGGCAACAUCAGCAAAAGCAACGAUAAGAUCAACGUGGCACCCAGGAGCAACCGGCUAGACGCUGCCAAGGUCCUCGGCACAACGCUGUGCCCGCGCAUGCACGAGGUGCCGCUCCUGGAGCCGCUGGUGUGCAAGAAGAUUGCACAUGAGAGGCUGACCGUCCUGGUGUUCAUGGACGACUGCAUCAUCACCGCCUGCCAGGAGGGGCUCAUCUGCACCUGGGCGCGGCCGGGGAAAGCGGUAAGUCUUCAACAAACUCUUUCCUUAGAAAACAAAGAGCCAGUGUCCACAUAAGUCCUUUCUCUAGCUUUUUUAUUGUUUCUAUGACAACGAUAUAUUUCAAUAAUGUACCAUCGCUGUUUUAUCAUCUGCUAUUGCUUCUAAAUAUGUUUUCACAAUAUUUUUACGAGCACCAACUGGAAGAUUCUUGCUCCCACACUUUGAAUGAAAGAUAUUCCCCGUCUGAAAGCUGUGUUUAGGCAGCAGGACGAUAACAGUCUCACACUCACUGGCAGCAACAUCUGGGGUCCACCCGGCUGAUCUGCUCCAACAGACAGGCUUUUUGGUCUUUGUUAUGAUGGUUUCCGUCUGACAGACACAGCCCAAAACAAGAUCGCAUGCAAAUCCUACAGUGACGUCACUGGGUCUUUUCUGAAGAGCACUGAAAAAUGCUCGAAAAAAGACGCUGUGGGCUCUGCCUUCUCUGGAGGCCUCCUCCAACUGCAUGCAGUCGGUUUUCAUUGGGAUGAAAUGAAAAAAGAGGCUGGUGAUCAGAAAAGGGCGCUUUGUGGACUCUGGCCCUAAUGCUACUAUGGUGUUGUAUAUGUAUAAAUUCUUCUUUUAACUCAUAAAGUCUGAUUCAGUUCUUUUCACUAUCUCCUCUGUGUUUUUUAUUAUUUUAUUCUUAUAAAGAAUUUCUUUUGAUUGUCUCUAGUGCCUAAUUGUCCUUUGUGCUUUGUCUCUCUGAUCAGAACUUGACAGCACAGAACGGGAACUCUCCUAGUGGCACGGUGGUAUAGCUGGAGGAGAAGCUUUGCACUCAUCCCUACCUCCAUCCACCCACUCCACCGUAAUCAAAUAUGUCAACUAAGGGGCCAACAAGAAGCGGCCAUUCCCUACCAUUUCCAUCGCCACAGUAUUAUACCAUAACCCUCUGCACCUGCCAAGACCCAAAUCCUGUUCCUCACUAAUAUCACUCUAACUGUGGCCAGUUUGGUGGGAAACACUUCCUGUAUCAUCCAGCUAACAUUACAAUAAGAGAUUUAAGGAGUAGAAUUGCCUUCAGAAAAAUGUUGUCAAAACAAGUGCAAGUGCUGGAAUAUAGCAAAGGAGCUAGUUAGCAUUUAUUUAGCCUUAGUAAGACUUGGUUCUGGUAAAACACUGCCAAAAGUAUGUGGACACCCCCUUUGAUCCGGGUUUUUAUUGUUUUGUUGCGUCCCCUUAGUUCCACUAAAGACAAGAGAGGUCGAAACACUACUGCAAACAAUCAUAUUGUGGAGACAGCGUGUCUCCAACCUUCCAGAUUGGGGUCUCCUGUUUUCAUGACAAAGCUAGCUCUGUAAAGACAUUUUUUUCGUUUUGGGUAAAAAUAACUUUAUUGACCUACAAAGGACCCUAAAAUGAACCACAUUCAGCACCUUUGGAUUGAACUAGAUCACUGACUGUAAACCAGACAUUAUCACUUAGUGACAUGGUUAAUGCUCCUGUGGCUGAACGGGGGCAAAUUGUGGAAUAGUGGAGGCUGAUUGUGGCAGCAACUGUGAAAAAACAGGCCCAACUAUUGAAUAAACUCUAGUUGGAAUGUCCAGGUGUUCAUAUGCCUUUGUUGGGAUUUUUUUUUCAGCUACUAAAGUGUUUAGUUAAAAAAAAGUACUUCCUGAUAAGUUGACAAGUCAUUUUUCUAAGUAACUAAAAAUAAUUGUAUUAGUCCUGAUAAAACUGUGGAGCCAUUCUGUGAGUGGUUUCUCGCGCUCAGUUUAGUUAGUUAAGUCUCACUGGUGGGUGCUCGGACCCUCAUGUUGCUUUAGAUCAUAGCAGCACUGAACGUUUGCUGUCAGACAUUUCAAAUAUUGCUUCAGGGAGAGUUUCCCACCCUGUGCUACUGUGGAUCUUAAAGUUUAUCCCCCGUGCUUCAGCCCUCUGCCUGCAUCACAACAACACAUAGAGAUGGUUUCUCCUUCCCCCCCGUUCCCCCUUGUGCAAAAGACACUGCAGAAGCCACGGCCAUUGUAUUUAAGUUAUUUAUUUUAUCACAAGACUGUGUAGUUAUUUAUAAUGUAAAUACUGAAAAAAUCUAUACAUUGGAAAAGGACAAACGUGUAAAGAAAUAAUGACAAGCACGGAAGGAAAAAACAGAAAGAUGAUGAAUAUGAUAAUAUAUGAAGAUCCUUCUAUUGUACAUAGCAACCACAGUUAAAAAAUGAAUGUCUGAUGUUAGGGAACAUGAAGAUGUCAAUGUGUUUUUAUUUUGUGUGAAGAGAUUUUCUCCGGUUUGUCCCUGAGAGCGAGCCGUUGGAAGCAGUGGUUCAUGUGACUUUAUACAGAUGCUGCUAGCUGGAACAAACGGUCCAUAUGAUAAACUAACUCUGCUGAACAUCAUGUGAGGAGGAACAGCAUCUUAAUGAAUUAUGAACAAACACACGCUUGCACAUACUGGAGGAAAUGACUCACACACACAUGCACACACACACACACAAACACAUCCUGUAUGAUGUCGCAUCAUAUAUACUGUAUCUUGGUUCCUGUUGCAACUAAAUUGCCUCUAAUUUACACAUGCAGUAAAUCCACGGCCCAUGCUCAGCUCCUGAUUAGUGGUACAGGGUGUUAUUGUCUCUGAUCUGACCUCUAUGCACAAGCAGCUCCCAUGUCCCCUCUACUCACCGUAUAUCUUUGGUGCAGGGUAAAUAGUCUACAUCUUCGACAUCAAGAUUGGAUUUGUUUCUAUUUGCUGUUUUGAUUGUGCUUAGCGAAUUCCCGGCUUGUUGAAUCUAGAACAAGAAUAACCACUUUUUGGACAAACACGGGCUGCCUGCUAUGCUCUUACAGGAGUUAGAAGUGCAAAGAUAAGUGGACGUCGAGGCAUUAUUGACAGGGGACAUUAAAAUCUCUAUGGGGCAGACUUCCUGUCUGAUUAUGAGUGUCAAUCUAACUUCAUUAUUCAGUCAGACGUUUAAUUAUCAAGUCAAGUGAUUCCUGGAUGAGAUGUGUCAUUUGCUCCCUCCAAACAUAAGCUGCAGUGGUGGCUGAUGGGAGACUGGUUAAUGCAUUUAACAUCUUUUUAAAUUCAAGCGUUUUUUAGCCAUGAUGGUGGCAAGUAAUGAUCAUAUUUGUAUGUCUGUUGUGUUGUACAGAGAUUCAUGGUUCUUUCCUCCAAAAUCUCCAUCAGGCAGAAACUACACUUGUUCAAUAUUUUGGUUGAUGACCAAAUACUGUAAAACUCCUGACAUCCCCAUCAGUCUCAGCUGUACUUGGCAAAUGAACGACGGUGAUGAACACUGUACACAUUAGCAUGAUUUGUAUACGCCACAUGAUUUGGAUCCGCUUUGAAAUGUAAUGGGUCCUUAAGUGAAUCAUGCCACAACGUUUCACCAAGUUUCAGAUGAUUGAGGCCUGUAUUUUUUUUUUUCCUUAAUCCUGCAAACAAACAAACCAAAUCUGAAAAACACAACGUCAUUGAAACAGGCUUCCUCCCUCAUGAGAUCAUUUCUACUUCAAUGUCUUUUGUGAAACUCCGGUCAGCAAUAUUGUAAACAUGUUGAAUAGUGUGUAAUGGCCCUGUAGGACCACAUGUUGUCAGGAAUCGUCAAAUCAGAAUUGAACAAAAAGAAACAUGUCAAAGGACAGAAAACUGAUUGCAGCCUUGGAUUCCAAAACAGUUGAUGCUUUGCUCAUAAUGAACACAACUUCCCCCCCUAAACGUUUCUGUCCACUUCUCACCCCUCAGCCAGAGAGAGAACAGUAUUUCUAUCAGCCUUUGUGUUUUAUUAACUUCCUAACAAUAAAUACUAUUAAUAGCAAGGUCACUUCCAGCCCUGCAGGAGCCAAGGUUAUACCCUUGUAGCAGCAGACCAACCACCAGGUUUCCUCACGCAGUGUGGGAGCCGGAGUCAGGGUAUUAUUACAGUCCAUACAUCCUCAUUUUUGUUGUCAUAGCAACAGCAUGUCUGCUGCUGAGUGUCUCCAAUGAUCUCAUGUGCUCCGGGUCAAUCUCAGCUUUAAGGCCAAAUUAGUGCUUCAUCACGAAGGAACGCUAAAUCCUGUAAAGGAAUAAUUCACCCAAAAAUAUGAACCUUCUCUGAAAUAUAGAAGUUUGUGCAGCUUAAUACAAUGAUUUUAUAGGCAUGUGUGAGAACAUCUGUUUGAUGUUUUUAAAUUCAUUGUGAUCAUAAGUUCACUGUUAAUAUCAGUGUGAAUGCUCCCUGAUUUAAUGCCCCCAGCCACAUCCACCAGUGAUAAGAGACAGCAAUGCUUUUUAGGAAGUUCUCUUAGAUCACCAUACAGAGGAGGGCAGAGCCGGAGCCAAUGGCAGCUAGACACCUUUGAUUGUUUGACUUGAACACUCCCUAAUUGAACAAAAUUCAAACAUCAACUGUGUUAAUUUAGUUUGAAUGUUGUGGAUCAAUGUUAAAGAAGCCUUGAUGUAUCCUUAUCCUUAUUAUCUGAGACAACUGAAGUAACAGGUGAAGGUAACAGAGUAAACAGCAGUAAAUGGAAGCUGAUAGUCUUAAUUAAGCUGAAACAUUAGGGAAGUCUAAAGAGGACGGUGUGCAGUUCAAAUACUCUAAUGCUCUAUACACAGUCUAAUGAGCUGAACAAAAGCUGUGAUCAUGAGUUAAAAAACUGAGCUGAUGGUACAGAAACCGCUACGGUCACUUCCCUGCACAUGAGACAACUCCAUCAUUCAGUAUAAAGGAACAGAAAUUACAUGUGUGACAUUCCAGGCUGAAAGAAGACACUUUAUUUGAGUUUUUGUAAUUUAUUUCUCUUUGUGUGUGUGUGCAUGUGUCAAAUAUACAUUCUCUAUUAUCACCACACAGAUAUCACACACUCGCUACCACACACUUUACGCCUGUUCUGGUGGAACAGCAGAAUGGCUUCACUGUAUCCAGUUUGUAUAUGGAGAUCUGUUAUUAAAACGUUAAACCUGAAA